AUACUAUGUCACUAGAGCGAAUGUUAUCCGAAUGAAUUCAAAUUAUAUAACCAAAAGCUGACCAAGUCGUCUGGUCUAAUGCGGAGUGGCCAAGACAAGCUUAAAGCGUAGUUAGGUAAAUAUAUCACACAUCAAGAAAGAUGUAAAAGUUGAAAAAAGUUAAAAAAAAAAAAAUGUUGACGAGUCUUAGGUCAUCGUUAGUCUACCUUAUAUUCAUUCGCUCGUCGAAUUUCCGAAAGUUUUUUUCAUACCCUACGCCACUUGUAAGGUGCACGGGUAUAUUAAAUUUGUGCGGAUGUAUGCAACACCCAAACGGAAUUGAGAUAGAGUCAUGCGUUACUAUACCAGUCGAUUCAAGAUCCCAUUCUCAAUCGAUCUGAACUUGGCUGUCCAUCCGUCAUGUAUCCUUGUAUCCGAUCUACAGGUCGCAAUUUUUGAGAUACAUUCAUGAAAUUUGGAGCACCGACAGGUUUUCGUUCAAGAGCGAAUGCUAUCAAAAAUUGUUCGGAUCGAACUACUUUAUCAACCAUUUCCCAUAUAAUGCCGUUAUAUAAUAACAACUUUUUCAAGUAAAGUGGUGAAGGGUGUUUAAUGAUGGGCGUUGGCUUGCUGUUGUUUUUUUUUUAUUUUUUACUUUUUUUAAAACGAAAGUAUAAUGAGAUGAGUAAGUCAUUAAUGGCUCUUCCGUUAGAUAAUAUGUUGUUAGCAUUAAUCAUUGUUUUAAUAUGAAAAAAAAAGAAAAAAAAUUUGAUUGAGUUGCUUGAAAACGGUCAGUUUUGUAAGAUUCACACGUAACACAAUGAUUAUAACAUAUUUUAUGCAAUUCAGGCAAAAACAAAGAAAACCCAAAGCCGAAGAGGGUUUAUAUGUCAUUGACUUUAAAAAAAAAAAAAAAAAAAAAAUAAAUAAAUAAAUAAAAAACACAGCUUUUGACACCGCGUUAAUGUUAAUAUGUUUCGAUUUGUUUUCUUUUCCUUUUUUUUUGGUUUUUUCGUUUGUUUUCCUACUGACGACGACGAUGACGAUGAUGAUGAUCUUUGAUAAAAAUGAUUGAUGAUUGGAGUAAAACAUCAAAAGUGUUUUGCUAUUUCUGCGGAACAACACCUACACAAUUAACCAUAACAAGCGAACAACAAGAGCAACUAUUGCUGCAACCUUUUUAACAACAUUUGUGCGCAGAGUUUUUAUUGAAAGGUUUUCAUGAACUAACGGCAUAUUUGCUUUAGCAUUAAAUCCGAUAGAUAUCAAUUUUGUUUAGUUUGUUAGCUACCGUUAAGUUUAACUUUUGUGCUUUUGAUUUAAGCAACUGAUAAUGACAUACAUACCUAAGCCUGUAGGCACUAGCCGAGCAUGUCGCCAUUACUAUUGACGUUCUUAACCUUCGCCACGCUAACAGUGACAUAUAUUGCCCCAUUUACUGAAGCUGGUUUCGGUAAUGGUUAUUCUUAUCAAAAGCCAGCGUCUUCAGGUUCUGGAGGUCAUCACUUUGCAACAUUACCUACUGUACGACCUCUGCCGCCUGUACCUGAUUUACCAGCUUUGAAAUUUUUCUCUCCUAAGCCUACACCAGGUCCCACCUCAAAAAUAAUAACACAAAGCUUAUUGCAAUUGCAUCCGGCAGCAUCUCCGGCGAAACUAAUAACUACGCAAUACUUGCCUCCCAGAGCGAGUUAUCCUCGAGUGGAACAAAAUUAUCAAGCACCAAAUUUGUUGCCGCCAUCAAUAUUUCCUCCGCUGCAUUCCUUAGCGCCCUCUGCCCCAACAGCGCCAUCUGCUCUAUCGGCAGCCCCGAUAUACUCAGGCCCAGCUAAUCGGGCGCCGCAAACGUUUACCCCGACCGCACCUACCAAUUUCGCUGCGCAAGCACCGUCAACCGCAGCCGCUCCACCUUUGCGUAUACCUUUCGGUAAAACGGCUGUUAUUAGUUUCCCUCAACUACCGUCAGGUGGCAGCGGUGUUAGCCCUACAGGGGAUGUGGAUUUCUACGAAGUUAAUGGUCGCCAGUUGAAACAGUAUGCUGUCGUGGAAAUAAUUGAUAAUGAUAUUGAGCAAAAUUCUCAGCUCCCCUUUGCCCAUGCACCGUUCUUCGAUGGCUACCGAGCUCGUCAAUUCGAUCCGCUUUUGUCACGCCAGCAGCAACAACGCUCUUCAAUAGCCGUCUCUAAUCCGGGUGAUGCGGUUGCCUUAGGCUCAGGCGGCUUAGGUUUUAUACGUCUGGCCAACGGUAAUGUUUAUUUAGGCUCGGGUUCUCUGGGCUAUAUAAGCAGUCAACAGCAUUCGCAGAGUUUAACAGAAGCUCGCACACGUUCCGGAGCUCCACAACCCGAUGCUUUACAUUUCGGCCAUGGUCCUUUAGGCGGUACUCCAAUAACCAUACGGAUCAAAUGAGACUUUUUCGUAUAGAGUAUGUGAGAAAUAAGUGUUCUUGUAUGUAUAUUUGAUUUUUUGUAAAAUAUAUU